GUUGCUGUCAAUUCGUCCACUCCGUCGCUGUCAUCGUCGGAGGACUCCGCUGGGGGAGGUGGAGGGAGGGCGUUUAGUGUGAUUGAUGAGUUCAGUUUCUGGAGGAAGAAGCCGGAUUUGGCUGAGGCUGUGGCGGCGAUCAUGGCGCUUGCGGCGGUGAUUCGGUCGAGUGAGGCGACGACGACGAUGGAGCUCGAGAUCGAGCUGAAGCAGGCGUCUGAUGCGCUAAAGGUUGAUUCUUUCAUCCUAGAAUUUUAUUAAAUGACUUACUGUUGGUAUUGUUUCCAUUACUAUGUGACUUUUUAUUAUCGGAUGUAUCAAUAAAAUUAGAUUAUGUACCUCUUAUUGUGUAAUCUGUUCUUGUGUAACUAAACUCACGGUCAUAAACGUGAAGGAUUGUUUAUCGAUUGAUUUCAGGAUGAUCCAUACGGGCAUUAUGCCUGAUGAAGACGAAUCAUACAAUUUGGUUAUUGGUCUUUUAAUAUGAAGAAACCAAAUUGAUUUAGCUGUGAAGUUUUUGGAUUUAAUGCUUAAAUCUGGCCACAUGAUUUCAUCAAGCACAUUUAUGGAUUGUGUGUGGCGCUGCUUGUCUGCUCGGAGUCUGGACACUUUAUCAACCAUCAUACAGAAAAUGCAAGGCAUCAAUGUCAGACAAGUGACCUGAACAAGGCCUUGAGUCCUAACUGGAACAUGUGUAACACUAUUGCUGAUGUUGCAUUGCAAGCUGAUAAUAGCAAAUUGGCUUACUAUGCUUUGGAAUUUCUUUAUCGAUGGAUUCAUCAUGGAGAAAUUGCUAGACCACCUACUCAUCUUUCUGUCGACAAAGGAUUAGUUGUUUCAGCUCUUGGUGCUACAGCUAGAACAUAUAAUUCUAACCUUCUAGAUGUGUCGUGGUCAAUCCUGCGUCGUUCCCUUCCUCAAAAGAGGGUACCAAGUCCAGAAACUUACCUCGCAAAGAUUUAUGCGUAUGCAUCAAUUGGGAAUUUGCAACGUGCUUUUGCUACCCUUAACGAAUUUGAAACUGUGUACGGGAGAACGACUGCUACCGAUUCAGACUUAUUUUCUCCUUUUACUUCAUUGCAUCCAUUGGUUGUUGCUUGCUGCAGAAACGGUUUCUCAACCUUGGACCAGGUAACGAGCCAGGAGCCCGGAGAGUCGUAGGUUGAGGGCGAUUCUUAUUAGCGCCCGUUUAUCCACUUAUUAGAUGUAUAUUAUUUUUGUACUCCACUUGAGAUAUUUUUAGACUUGAGAGAUUUAUGUUCUAGAGUUGUAAAGGCUACGUGCCUUAUUUCAUGUAUCAAAUGUUAUGUACUUUGAGACAUGUUGAGAUCUUCAGACUGUUAUUAUUCAUUUCAGACAUUGACUAUGUAUUCCAGUUUAUUUAGUUGAUGAGAUUUAUUAAUUUGAGUUCCA